AUGCUCCAGGAAGUUAAAAGCGUCUACAUUGGUCCAGAUUUUCCCUCUAUAUAUUAUUCUUCAUUUACAUAUUAUCACAAUCCAAGAGAUUCCUGUGGUGUAUCUAUUUGCCUCAACAAAAGCACUUUCAAAGAUAUUGAAGAAAUCAUCUUAGAUCCGAUCAUUAAGAAUAACGCGCGAAUUAUUGGCGUGAAAUGUAAAAUCAAUUCAAUUAAUACUCUAGUAUUUUCUGCGUACUUUCCAAAUCAACCAGCUGACAGAUGUGAAUUCACAUAUAUUCUUGACAACCUAAUUGAAAAAUAUCCUAACUACAAAAUCAUUAUUGGAGGUGAUUACAAUGCGAUUUUAUCCGAGAAUCACUCCUCAAACGAAUCUAGAAGAACUGAUCAAAACAUACUAGAUCUUAUUAACAAGAGAAAUCUUAAUUACUAUCCUUUCCCUCAUUUAUCAUGGCACCUUCAUUAUACUAUUAACAAACAAUCCAAGUCUAUAAUAGAUUACAUAUCCACAGAUUUUCCAAUUGCAUCUGGAGAAGUACUGAAUGCCAACUUCAUAUCAGAUCACAAAAUGGUUAAAAUUCUACUUGACCUCUCAUGUCAACGAACACCUUUGUUAAUUCGGAAGAAGCGUAACUUUCAAGAUCCCAAAAAUAAGAAAGAAGUGCUGGCCAUUAGCAAAGAAUGUGUAUCUCAAGUUAAGAAUUUAGAAUCUGAUAACGACAAAUGGCUUUUCAUUUGUGAUAAACUAGGCGACAAAUUUGUGGAGGUCAAUCCACCUAAACUUGAUCCUAAAAUCUACAAAUAUAAUAAGCAAUAUAAGAAGCUCAUGUUAAUACUUGAUAGAAAUGAGCACGGAUAUCCUUGUGACAAACUUUUGACCACUAUUGGUAAAACUUUAGAACAGGUUCCAAAAUGUCUUGCAAGUGUCAAAGAGAAAAUCAAGAACCAUAUCAAAUGGAGCCAUGAUAAGGCUUUGAACAGAAAGAUGAAAUGGUGGGAACAAAACUAUGCAACCAACUCUAAACAUCUGAGAAAGAAAAUUUACAAAACGUCAUCACCACCAUACAAAUUAUCUAUCGAAGGAACUGAAAUUAGUGACCCCAAUGAAGUUGCCAAUGUGAUCAAGGACAAAUAUCAACAAAACCUCAACUUUAGAGGAAGAAAUCAUCAAAUUGACAUUACCAAGUUUUUCAAGUACAAACAUCCAUUAAUUGAUAAUUGCAAUGACAAAAUACUCGGUAGAAUUACCACGGAAGAGAAAGAAUGGAUAAUUCAGAAUUUGAAAUCCACAGCACCCAAUGAACUAGGUUUAAGACAAAAAACUAUCAAAUACAUGUGUAAGGAAUUACAGGAGGAAAUUUUUCAAAUUAUUGAAAAUAUCAUUACAACUGGAUUUACUCCUGAAUCUAUGCAAAGUGUCAGCAUUCUCCCAAUUCACAAAAAGAAUAAGGACCACUCAAACCCUGCUAACUAUAGACCUAUUGCCCUUAUGGACUCAGGACUUAAAAUAGCUACUAAAUUAAUCACCAAAAGAUUGAAGGAAGUAUUAAAGGGAAGAUUAUCAUUAGCUCAAUUUGGUGGUGAAGACGGCAGAGAAACUAUUCACAGAGUCCUUUCAAUUUACAAUAUGAUUGCUUGGGCAAAAAAAGGACAAGAAACCUUUUUAUGGUUUGGCUGUUGA